CCAAUCAGGGGAGUCCUUGGUACCACUUGUGGGGGCGGCGCUUUGAGGAAGGCGUGGACCGGUUGAAUUGCGGACUGGUGGCUCCGCGCUCCUGCAGCGUUCUGGUCCUCCGCGCUUCUCUCAACGGCCUCAAGUGGCUACAACAUGUCUUGUGGCUGUGGCCUGAACUUGCCGCGGGAGGGAGUUGUCAUGUGGAAGGCAAACCCCAGGGACCGAGAAAUGGACUCAGUGGUGACCUUUGAAGAUGUGGCUGUGAACUUCACCCUGGAGGAGUGGGCUUUACUAGAUCCUUCACAGAAGAAACUCUAUAGAAAUGUGAUGCGGGAAACCUAUAGGAACCUGGCCUCAAUAGGUCUGCAUUUAGGGGAAAAAUGGGAAGAUCGUAACAUUGAAAAUCAGUACAAAACCCAAGGAGAAAAACUAAGAGGUCAUAUAGUAGAAAAACUCUAUGAAAUCCAAGAAGGUAAUCAGUGUGGAGAAACCAUCAGCCAGAUUCUAAAUUUUAAUCUGAACGAGCACCUUUCUUUUGUAGUAAAACCAUUUAAAUGUAAUGUGUGUGGAAAAGUCUUUGUGCGUCCUUCAUCCUUUAAUAGGCACAUCCGAUCUCACACUGGACACAAACCUUAUGAAUAUCAUGAAUACGAGGAGAAACCAUAUAAAUGUAAGGAAUGUGGGAAAGCCUUCAGUUACCACAAAUCUGUUUAUAGACACGAAAGGACUCACACUGGAGAGAAGCCCUAUGAAUGCAAUGAGUGUGGGAAAGCCUUCACAUGGCUCACAACCUUUCGAAGACACAUGAUAACACACACUGGAGAUGCUCCUUAUAAGUGUAAGGAAUGUGGGAAAGCCUUCAGUUGUUCCACCUCAUUUCGAGCUCAUGAAAGAACUCACACUGGAGAGAAACCCUAUGAAUGUAAACAGUGUGGAAAAUCUCUGAGAUCUCCUCUAGGUUUGCGAAUACAUGAACGAAAUCACACUGGAGAAAAACCAUAUGAAUGUAAACUGUGUGGUAAAGCUCUCAGUUGUCCCAGUUCUUUUCGAAGACAUGAAAGGACUCACACUGCAGAUAAACAAUAUGAAUGUAAACAGUGUGACAAAACCUUCAGUUCUCCUCUAGGUUUACGAAUACAUGAAAGAAUUCACACUGGAGAGAAGCCCUAUGAAUGUAAGGAAUGCGGUAAAGCCUUCAUUUCUCUCUCAAGCAUUCGAACACACAUGAUAACACACACAGGAGAUGGACCUUAUAAAUGUAAGCAAUGUGGCAAAGCCCUCAGUUGUCCCAGUUCUUUUCGAUCACAUGAAAGGACUCACACUGGAGAAAAGCCAUAUGAAUGUAAACAGUGUGGUAAAACCUUCAGCUGGCCCAGUUCCUUUCGAAUACAUGAAAGAACCCACACUGGAGAGAAACCCUACGAAUGUACAGAAUGUGGGAAAACCUUCAUUUAUCGCACAACCUUUCAAGGACACAUGAGAAAGCACACCGGAGAGAAACCCUAUAAAUGUAAAGAAUGUGGGAAAGCCUUCAUUUCUCCCUCGAGUGUUCGAACACACAUGAUAGUGCACACGGGAGAUGGGCCUUAUAAGUGUAAGGAGUGUGGGAAAGCCUUCAAUUUUCCCAGUUCAUUUCGAAUACAUGAAAGAACUCACACUGGAGAGAAGCCCUAUGAAUGUAAACAGUGUGGUAGAGCCUUCAGUUGUUACACAUCCUUUCGUACACAUGAAAAUACUCACACUGGAGAGAAGCCCUUCGAGUGUAAAGAAUGUGGGAAGGCCUUCACUUACCGUACUACCUUUCGAGGGCACGUGAGAAUGCACACUGGCGAGAAACCAUACAAAUGUAAAGAAUGCGGGAAAGCCUUUAGUCGUCCCAGUUCCUUCAGGAGGCAUGAAAGGACUCAUACUGCAUAAAAACAUCUUGAAUGUAAGCAGUGUGGAAAAGACAUCAACUGGCCUUCAUCCUUACAUGUGAAAACUCCCACUGAAAUGAAACCCUAUGAAUAUAAAUAAUAUGAGAAAGCCUGAUACAAAUUAAUCCAUGUUAAUGUUCCAGAAAACUAUAAUAUGAAAGAACCAUUAUAAAAGUUAUAAAUAUAUUCUCUUUAUCAGUGCCUCAUUUUUAAGUGGACCUCUGAACUGUGGAUGUUUACUACUUCCAAAAAUGAACAUUGAGGCAAUACUGUGUAAGCAACACUACAUAAGAUUAAUAGGUAUUUUCUUUUUAGCUCAGUUACUAACAUUUUCUCUUUCCAUUUUGAAGACCGAUCUAUAGGUAAAUUGAAGUGAACAGGUAGGUUUAAUUUUUAUGUUUCCAUUGUUUGUAAAUAAGGAGCUGUCAAUAAAUAAAUAAAUGCUAUUUUGAUAUUUGUUGGGAUUUCCCUACUGGCCUCCUGGCCAAGUAAUGUAUAUCCCUUGACCAUUGUACGGGGUCUAGCAGAAGUAAGGCUUUCCUGAGUGUGGUUGGUAGGGUACAUGAAUGUCUCACACAAGAUGGACAGCAAUUUGACCACGUCACCUAAAAUGUCAUAUGGUGUGCCUGAGUGUGAUACUGUUAUGUUACAAAAUUAUAUGUUUAUGAUUUUGUAAUAAAAAGGGAGCAUUAUUUGUGUCACACCCUGUGUAGUCCAUUGUAUGAGAAAAUCUACUUUUUUGUUUUGGCAAGAAGACCCUUAUUCCAUUUUUCUUGCUAAUAAAAUAUGGCAUAAAUUUGUAAA